CACCGUCGUCUCCCUUGCGCUCUAUCAGUCCAAAAGAUGGAAUACCCAUGACGUUCCGAGAUGUCCGGGUUGGGAUCGACAUCAACCCGAAGCACCAGCGGAGCCGACGCGGUGUUUGUGUGAGAUGACUUGCGUCGGGAAGCGUGUAGCUACUGUCAUCCCAACAACAAAUAAAGCGCAUGACGCUAAAAGAAGGAGGGGGGAAACAGUUGGCGGGCCGAUAGGGGGGCUGUCGUAUCGUAUCUUAUCCAGGGAAGGCAAGGUCGCGAGGGGUAAAAAAAGAUGGAGCCCUGGGAAAAGAUGUCCGAAACAGGCAAGGCGGUACUGGAUAGUGGCGGGUCCUAGCGUGUCUUACGGAGGAGCUUUGGCCUUCGUCGGAUUGGCAAUGCCCCUCGCUUCUAUCGGUCGGAGAACGGGUGGCGCGUAUGGUCUCUUGGUUGGAGAGUUUCGCUCAUGGGUGGAAAGAGACUCGAAAUAGAGGGAGAUCUCGCAUAGGGACUGCCAGGUUGACCGCGGAUUGAAAGGCUCGGGGCGAGCAGCAAAGGGGGGAAGGACGAGAAGAAAGAGGGGAGGAGGACGGAGAGGAGAAUGAUUUCUUUUGUGCGUGCGGGGUUGGUCGGGACUCCUCUUCCCUGUCUCUCUUUC